AUGGAUGUUCAUAGAUGCAGAUUUGUGGACUAUACGCCGGGGAUGAUCACGGCGUUGGCAUUUUCACACAAGUCAAACGAAACAGAAGUAAGCCCAAAACAGCUACGGCUAGCAGUUGGAAGAUCGGACGGAUCUAUUGAGAUUUGGAAUCCAAGGAACUCCAAAAAUAAAUGGCUUUUAGAGAGUACGAUACUAGGAGGAAGCGGUAGAUCGAUCGAAGGGCUUUUAUGGGCAACUAUUGAGCCAGAACUCAGUGCAAAAAGUGGAAAUAAGGAAGGGGAGAGUUUAGGUUUGGAAUUAAAGAGUAGGAGCAGGGAUGGUGGUGCAGCAAGGCUUUUUUCGAUUGGAGGAUCGACAUAUUUGACAGAGUGGGAUAUACGAAAGGGUCUUCCGUUGAAAAAUUAUGAUUGCAACUCGGGAAUAGUGUGGUCUAGUGCAAUUAAUGAGUCGCAAACUCGUAUUGCAGUUGGAUGCGACAAUGGAUCUGUAGUUAUUGUCGAUAUUUCGGGUGGCCCAGGCUCUAUCGAGUAUGAAUGCGUUCUCCAAAGGCAGCAGAGUCGAAUUAUGAGCAUUUGCUGGGUGGGAGACGAUACAGUUAUAGGAGGAUGUGCAGAUGGAAGAAUUAGAGUGUGGUCUUACAAAGGUGACACUAAAGGAAGACUUAUCCAGACUCUCAGAGUCGACAAAUCAAAGCGGGAAAGCACAUUAAUAUGGUCACUAUUGGCGCUUCCACGCAAGCAGCAGUUUGUAUCUGGAGACUCGACAGGUUGUGUCAAAAUUUGGGAUUUGAAGCACAUGACUUUGCAGCAAUCAUUUAAUGUUCACGAGGCAGAUGUUCUUUGCCUCAGCAGUGAUUCCAGGGAGGAGCACUUUUUCAGUGGUGGAGUUGACAGAAAGAUAUUUAACUUCACACUCACCAAAAGUGGCUAUAACUCGGCCAAGUGGGUGAAUACAACAAACAGAUUAUUGCACGGAAAUGAUAUCCGUGCCAUGUGCUCGUUUGAAUCCAGCAAUCAGGAUCUUCUGGCAAGCGGAGGUGUGGAGCGUGUUGUUCUAGUAACUUCCAUGGAGCAUUUCCAGACCAGCGUUCCUUUGAGAAUCACUGAUGAUAGCAUCGAACGUCAUGUUCUCGUGAAUAAGGCAAAAAGACUCGUUGUGAUGUGGCAGGGACAGGAGGUCAAAAUUUGGAAGCUUCAAAAUGAGGGAAAAGCAAAGCGUUUGGUCUGCAAACUUGUUCUCAGCGAUCCAGAGAACAUUAGCUCGGUUGCACUUUCGAAAAACGGACGUUACUUGGCAGUUUCGAGAAUUUCCACCACGAAGUUGUUCGAGCUUGUGGAGGUGAAUCGAGGCAUUGAAGUUGUGAAGGUUGUCUCUACCCUUCUCUCAGGAAUAGGUGCUCGCAUUAUUAAGUUUGUUGAUGAGAAGAAACUUUUGCUGAUGGUGGACAGUGAUGGCGAUGUGACCAGCGUGAAAUUUAACGUGAACGAUGACGAAAACGACGACGAGGAUGUCUCCGACUUUGAUGAUGAGCAACAACCGGUGAUAUAUGAGAUGCCAGAGACUCCUGAACCCACACCUGAUGCCAUAUCGUUCGAUUCCAAGUACAAUUACACUCAUCUGACAGUUAAUUCGUCGGGUUCGGCAGUUGCAUUUUCGAAUUUCGCAGGAUUUAUAGACAUUUUGAACCCUACAACAGGAAAAGCAAGCCGCUUGGUUCACAUGAGUGAAAUACCAACUGCUAUCAGCUUCACCUCUCGGGAUACAUUAUUGGUUGUUACUUUAUCGCAUAAAGUUUAUGAGUUCAACACGGAGAAUGCUCAGGGGGCAAACUUGUACACGGAGUGGUCAAAAAACAACACGGAGUUCAUUCCACGGCCAUUCCAGAAGCUUCCAGGCGAAUGCUUGGGCAUUUUUGAGUGCCUCGGUAAGUUCUGGGUCUACGGAAGUGACUGGUUGUGCUUUUUUGAUUCCAAAAAGGAUUUUCCACGGGCUUCCAAGCAAUCCAAAAAGAGAUCUGCCAAUGGGGAGUCUGCAUCAUCGGCUAAAGAAACCUCAGAGCACGAAGAGGUGGCCAGUAAAGUUUUCUGGAGGACUUCAGAUUACAGAAGUCUCAUUUUGGUUGCAAACUUGUCAACAGACGAAUUAGUGGUUGUGGAGCGGCCGGUGGAGAGUAUGCCCGCCCCAACACCGUUUAAGGUGUCUAGAAUAGCUCUCUGA